AUCAAGUUUUGUCAUUAUUUCAAUGGUUAUUGACAUCAACUUAAAAUAUUAAUAAUUUGUGAAAUGACUUAUUUAAAAGAUUGGGAUGAAUUUGAGAAAGCAGCUGAAAGAUUAUAUUUACAAAAUCCAAAAAAAGCAAGAUACACAAUGUCUUACAUACAUUCAAAAGGUGUAUUAAAAUUAAAAGUGACAGAUGAUGCUGUGUGUUUACAAUUUAGGACUGAAAUACAACAAGAUCUUAGGAAAGUAAAUAAAUUUAUCAGUAAUUUAAUGAGACACAUGGCGUCAAAGGAGCAUUAAUAUUUUAAGUUUUAUGGUUAACGCGUCGGA